AGAGAGACCUGACUGAUGCGUCAUAUUGGUUCUCAAUAAAAGUUUUUUUUACAAUUAACUCGACAAUCAUUUAUCGUUCAGUAAAUUUAUUUUUAAAACUUACGAUUACAUCGAUAAUAUAAUUUUUUACUGAUAGUCAAAUAACUCAAGAUAACAAAAACUGAAAAAGUAAAUCAAAAAGUUUAAAAAGUGAAAAAAAGUAAAGCCUUCCAAUCGAUAAACUUGUCAUCAAAACCUUGCACACGAGCAUUGCGCGCAGGUUUUUUUUUUAUUACUCGUUAAUUAUUUCGAGGUUUUCUUAUUAUAAACUUGUGUAAGAAGAAAAAUGUCUGCGUCAAUAAUUUCAAAUGCAAAGCUACAGGAUGACAUGAGCAGCAUCCCACUUGCUGAUGACGACCCACAAGUAAUUAUUCCUGAAGAAGACGUUCCGGACAACGACACGCACAUAUCGGAUCCAUUUGGCAGAGGGCAUAGUAUGGAUUCAAUACCAUCGACAUUCACCAAUGGCAGUUGUAGUCCAAAUAGCUUAGAUCCUGAUGUAAGUCCUGAUGAGCAGGAAGAAAAAGCAAGACUAAUAGCUCAAGUACUUGAACUACAAAAUACAUUAGAUGACCUGUCGCAAAGGGUAGACAGCGUGAAAGAAGAAAACUUAAAACUAAGAAGUGAAAACCAAGUACUGGGACAGUACAUUGAAAAUUUAAUGUCUGCGUCAAGUGUAUUCCAAUCUACUAGUCCAAAGACUAAAAAGAAGUAAGCUUUUGUUUUAUAAUCGGGUUAUAAUGGAUAGCUAUUGAUAAUAACGGUAAUUAUUAUAGUUAUUAUGAUAAUAAUAAUAUAUAUAUAUUUAUAAUUUAUCGAGUUUAAAUGGUUACAACUAGUCGGCCAUCAUUUUUAUAAUGCAAUAACGAUAAAUAUAUUUUUUUUAAUCAAAUUAUUUUAUUUCUAAAUAAUCGGAUAGAGAUAAAGCACUCGAGCAUUUACUAUUAUAUUUAAGUUUUUUAAUAAUUGUAUUUAUUUUAUUUUAUAAAUGUUUUAUUUUGAGCUCGACUGAUCUAACGCUUAUAAGUUUAUCACCAAAGAAUUUAAUUGCAAUGUUUUCCGGAAAUUUAACUGCCAAGUGUGCUUGAGAGCUUUUAUGUAUUAAGAGUUAGUUAUUAAUUAUUUUUAAUUACACGGAAAAAGACCAGUGGAAAAAUUUGUUUCGGGCAAAAACAAGGCCCUCGUAUAAAAUUUUAAGCAUAGUUUGCACUGCAAUAAUUAAAACUGCUUGUAAUAAUGAAAUUAUUAUGUCAUUUUUAAUUUCGGAGUAGAGGGACUCUGCUGAUAUUUGAAACUGCGUUUUUUCCGUAUACUAUUAUUAUUAUUAUUAAUUACUAGUAAUUUUUUGCUUAUUUUUAAUAAUUGAUUGAUUUAAAAAAAGAGUAAACUAACAAAUAUAUAUAAAUAAUAAAUUUAACGGAGAUUUAAUCUCCGAGCACGAGCUUUGCUUAUGGUACGAAUGUACUGCUGUGUAAUUGGUGUACAGAGAUGGUAAAGAAACAAAAAAAAUAACAAACAAAGUUAUAUUAGAUAAAUAUGUUUAUGAAAAAAUUCUUAUACAUAGAAAGUAAUAACUAAAUAUAUAUAUGAUAAUAAUGAAAUACUAAAAUCUAUUAGAUUAAUAAAUAAAUAAAAGUACAGAACAAAAAAAUAAAAUGAAAAUCUAGUAAAACUGUUGCGUUCGCGUGUAUUUCCGUUGCCGCUAUUGAUGUGACACGCAAUCAGUUAUUUAAAAAAUAAAAUAAUGUAAAAGAUAACUGAUGUUUAUGCUCAUGGGCACAAAGUGACUGCACAAUUCCAAAAAAUAAAUAAAAAAUAACUAAAUAUUAUUCCACUGUUAAACGUCACGUUUAAAAAUAAAUAUAUAAUGAAUCUCUUUAAUUUUAUUUA